GACCAACUCUCCAUCACUCAACUGCAUCUCCUCCACGCCAACUCGACAAUUGGCGAAAUGUCGUCAUUUGACUCGCCCUCGCCUGAUGGCGACAUUGAUAUUCGAGUCGAAGAUUAUCUCGACGAUAAAUUGCAGGCACCUGCCGACCUCGAAGCCCUUGACGAGCUACUCGCGUCCGUGGAGCUCCAGCGCAACCAGCUCCAGUCGCAGCUCGACGACGCCGUCAAGGAUCUCGAGCAGGCCCGCCGCACGACCGAAGACCGAGGGGACACGCUACAGAUCCGAAUCGAUGAGUUCAAUGCCCUCCAGGCCAGUAUCGACGAGCGCGUCCACAUUGCCGCUGCGUCGGAUGCGCCCAGCGAGGCUAUCGCUCGUCUGCAGCGGCCUAUGCAGAAGCUCAAGGCCGUUGACAUGGCCCAGCGAUAUCUCAUAAUGUUGCAAGAUGUGGAAAACCUGCGCAAAGAAGCCAGGUCGCAUUUGCCGGAUAGUCCCAAGGCCGCUCUUGAGCCGUACUCGCAGCUGAAACAGCUGGCCAUGAGACUGCGCAGCCUCCCUGGGUCAGAGGACUUGCAUCUCGUUGAGCAUGUUGAAAAAGUCGCAGAGACACUCUGGGACGAAAUGAAGGAGACUAUGUCCGUGGAAAUGGAUGCCAUCUUGACUAAACGCCAGUGGCCCCGCGUUGAUAAGGAGUCUCAGAUGGAUCAAGAGUGGCUGGCCUGCUUCGAGAAGCUGGUUGACCUGCAAAUGCCUGAGAUUCUACACAGCUCCGAUAUUAUCCCCUUGCUGCCAGUGGACGUCAUGGCUAAGAUUUUUGUGGCGGAAUUCCGUUUCCAUUUCCUGAGCGAUAAGCCGACCAGCGCUCCCCAGUCCAUGGGUACGCACUGCUUCCCGUGGUUUCUCUCGACGGUAGAGAAGUGGGAAGAUUUCUUCCGCGACAACUUGGCCCAUCUUUUGGCUGCUAAGUUCGUGAAUACGUCGGCGGCAGAUAAAAUGAUCUACGUCGACCCUGUUUGCGCACUGAUAACGUCGCUGCUAACCAUUAUGCGCGAAAAGGUGCUGGCUGUUGCAGAUGAGGCAGUCAUGAACCCAUCAUUCCUGAGUGGCUUUAUGGGACAGCUGAUGACCUUUGACGAAAACCUCCGAACGCGGUUCAACUACGAUGGCGGUGACUCUGAGGACGGUUGGCCAGGCCUUACCGCAGAAGUCUUGGAUGAGCAUUUUGAUGCGUGGUUCCAAGCAGAGAGGACCUUUGCUCUAGAGCGUUUUGACUCUAUUAUGAACUCUGACGACUCGCGCAAGAUUGACUAUGACUUUGCUGAAACUGGCAAGAUGAAGCCGACAUAUGCCGCCGUCCGUACUACCGACCUGUUACGUACGGUGACAUCCAAGUAUGACCGUCUUCGCAAGACCAAGUACAAGGUCAAAUUUCUCACCAAAAUUCAGCUGGACAUUUUAGACGGGUACCAUGAUCGCCUGCGCGGCUCUCUAGAAGCCUAUCAAUCGAUGACAUCGACGCUAGGUCGUACCCUCCAUGGUGCUUCAAAGGAACAGCUGGCUGCCCUGCAAGGACUGGGAGCCCUCGAGACUCUAUGCAAGGUCAUUGGCAGCGCUGAUCAUAUAGUCAACUGCCUAACGGAAUGGGGAGACGAAGAAUUCUUCACUGUGCUAUGGGACGAACUGUUGCGUAGCGACAAGGCUCCCGAAGACGAUUUCCAGCCGUCGCGCGAUAAGGACGGCGCAAUAUUCGAUGAGACUAUCAGCGCGUUUGCUGCUCGCCGAAAGACAGCCGAGGAUCUUCUCGUCGCUUCACUUACAGACGCGCAUACCAAGGCUUUCCGUGGCUACGCCCAAAAGGUGCAGUGGACGACGGUCGGCGAGUCUGCCAUGCUUGAUGACCUGUCUGACUUGUCAAUCACACCAGAGCUAGAUGAGCCGCUUGCUAUUCUCAAGCAAAACUUUGAAUUCCUGGUCAAAACGCUGUCGUCAGCAAGCUACCGUCGCGUUUGGCGCGAAGCCCUGCGCAAAGUACAGGACCUGCUGUGGACGUCUAUUCUCAUGAGACAAUCAUUCACUACUCUUGGUGCGGCGCAAUUCGCAUUCGAUCAGCAGGCGCUGAUGGCGAUGGUGGAGAGAUAUAUCCCUAGCGGUGCCGGAGCUUUCGACAUGCUAUCCGAGGGAACAAGACUUCUUAGCCUGCCUACCGAAGGCACACCGGGCGUGAUGACACUGAAAGAAGCUAGCGACCGCGUCUUCAAAGACAACGACGAAGCAAGAAAGGUGCUGGAGGAGCUGAGAUUAGAAGGUCUGGGCAAUGGAAACGCGAGAGCUAUUCUGCAGCGUAGAGUUGAAAACAGCGAGAACAUUGGUUGGUAAUAACCAGGAAACAUCAUAGACUGGUAGAGUACAUAGGU